UGUGUACGGGAUGCACUGGUGCCUGGUAACGUUAUGCAGUGACAUGAAUGCAGGGGACCUGUGCAGCUCUUGCGGGGACUGUCUCUAGAUAUUACUAAGCUCAUGUGAGGCUCUUUAGCAUUAAAAGUGCACUAAUGAUGCACUACUCCAACUGGCUCAUAGGCGUGAAAAACAGGGCAAGCCUUCGAAAUGCAUGCAAAACACCACCUAACACCGACUGGAACAGCAGGGGAAAUGUUGUCGACAUGCAGAACAACAACCCGCAGCCAAAUGAAAAGACAUCCGAGCUAGCGGUCGCCACCCACCUCUGGAAAAAAGGCUACAAAACAAUCAAGAAGAUCGGGGAGGGCACAUUUUCAGAGGUGGUGAAAACUCAGAGCCUGAAAGAUGGGAAGUUCUACGCAUGUAAAACCAUGAAGCAGACAAUUAACAGUCUGGAGCAGGCCAACAACCUGCGGGAAGUCCAGGCCAUGAAGAGACUGAGCCCACAUGCAAAUAUCAUCCAGCUGCAUGAACUGAUUUAUGACAAAGAAACUGGAACUGUGUCUUUGAUUUGUGAGCUGAUGGAGAUGAACAUCUAUGAGUUCAUACAAGGAAGAGAAACACCACUGCCUGAUCACACAGUAAAGAACUACAUGUACCAGCUUUGCAAGUCACUUGAACACAUGCACAGCUGUGGGAUCUUUCACCGAGACGUGAAGCCGGAAAACAUUCUCAUCAAACAAAGUGGUCUGAAGCUUGGUGACUUCGGCUCAUGUCGGAGCGUGUACUCCAAGCCCCCGCACACAGAGUACAUCUCCACACGCUGGUACAGAGCGCCAGAGUGCCUCCUCACCGAUGGGUACUACGGCCUAAAGAUGGACAUGUGGAGUGCUGGUUGUGUCUUCUUUGAGAUCAUGAGUUUGAAUCCUCUCUUUCCUGGAACCAAUGAGCUGGACCAGAUUGCCAAGAUCCAUGACGUGUUGGGGACACCAGAUCAAAGUAUCCUCCACAAGUUCAAGCAGUCUAGAGCGAUGCAAUUCAACUUCCCCCCGAGAAAAGGCAGCGGCAUCUCACGGUUAGUCCCUCACUGCCCGGCUCCAGCUCUGUCACUGCUCUAUCAGAUGCUCGCCUAUGACCCUGAUGAACGCAUCACUGCAGAAACAGCCCUGCGGCACACGUACUUCAGGGAAGUCAGGCUGGCAGAGAAGAAAGCCGAGACUCUUCACAGAGUUUCUGGGACUGUGGGUGGAGUAGAAAGCAGUGGCACACACAACUCCUUAGACCACAUCUGGCGCCCAGCCAGACUUGGCAAACAGCUGAGGGGAAGACACACAAGGCAAACCCCUUUAAUGAGCCACAACAUGAAGCAUGUAGCAGAGCCCCUCAUCCGACGGAACAUCCCUCAUUAUCCCGCAGAGCUGCCCAAACUCAACAUGGUUGUACCAGGACCGCAGAUCUCCUUCCCAGCCUCCACUAUGCCCUCAUUUACUGUAACCCACCGGGGCACACUGCCAACCAUCACAUCGAAAAAGUGCCAGUCACGGUUGGUCAAGCCCCGAGAUGAGUCACACUGCAAUGCUUUCAAGACCUUCUACAUGCCACCUCUGGAUCGGAAACAUGGAGGCUACUGAGAGCCAAAAACACUUCAACGUUUUAUUUAAAAAAAAAAGCCUCUUACAACAGGAUAGACCUGUAACUGUUAAACACAUUGUGGAGAGGACAAUGUUUGGACAGGCCUGAUGAUGAAAUCUGUAAAGCAACACAAACAUGUCUGACAAAAGAAAUGCAACAAAGACCGCCAAGCCUGUCAUCUUACCAGUUACCACUGCUACAUCACAACUAUUCAGUCCUCGUUGUAAUGAUGAAAUUCAAUGUGAUAUCUACAUGAUCAAUAUUAGAGUCUGUCAUAUUAUGUUGGGUUGAGAGUGUGUAGUUUAGUUAUAACCUCAGUUUUACUUGACCUAGUCAGGUGUUACAUGUUUACAACUGUUUAGGAGUAUACUUCCAUCUGAGCAUAUUACACAAGCUAAGCAAUAACAUAUCUGGCAAGUGAACAGCCGAUUAUGCGGCAGCCCUGAGAGGCCAAUGAGGGGGGAAAUAAUUCUGGUGAUCCAUUUUCUAAUUCUGAUUUAAACUGUUUUCUGUCCUGUGUUUCUGGUUUAAGAACAGGUUUUGCCAGGAUAGUCUUUCUGAUCUGGUGAAGAGGGAGUUGAGCCGAAAGGCAAAGCUUUCGAUUUACUGGUCCAUCUACGUCCCAACCCUCACCUACAGUAUGGUCAUGAGCUCUGGGUAGUGACCGAAAGAAUGAGAUCACGGAUACGAGUGGCUGAAAUGAGUUUCCUCAGAAGGGUGGCUCAGCCUUAGAGAUAGGGUGAGGAGCUCUGACACCUGGAGGGAGCUUGGAGUAGAGCCGCUGCUCCUUCGGGUCGAUCUUGGCACAACCGUUUUUUUCACCCAUUUUAAGCCAUAAGCACAGGACAGAGAACAGUUCAGAUCAGAUGUACAAAUGGAUAACCUUUUUUUCUCAUUUGCCUCUCAGGACUUCCAUACAUUUACCACUGGUGAAUGAAAUGGCAAAAACAUCUUUGACGGGAAACAUAGUCAGCUUCCUGGAAAGUAAUAGUGCCUCUAAAAGGUCACCACACCCCUUGGACUAAUUCUAGUUGUAUCAUUUUACAACUUUGAAUCACAAAUGAUGAACACAAAUUCUAUAAGUAAGUGCAACUGUAAGAUGCAAAAUAUGUUCAAGUAUUCAUCACCCUCACUGUGACACACCUUAAAUAUGACCACAUUUCAAACAAACCCCCAACAAAAUAUUAAAAACUAUGACUCUUGGAGAAGAUAGGAGAAUAUUUUAAACCACCUGGAGUAUGUUAAUAUCCUGAAGUGGCCAAGUCAGAGCCCACACCUCAAUUCAAUCUAGAAUUUAUGGCAGGACUUUGACCAAAUACUACACACAGUGACUAAUUAAUCAGCUGUGAUUAAAAGUUGUAGAGCAAUAAACUCAGAGGGUGGUGCUGAACACUUUUUAUAGGCACUGUAUACUUGUGAUAGUCUCUUUUAAAUAGCUGUGAACAAACUCGCCGGGACAAACUGAUUUGUAGGGCAACAGUCUUCCGGUGCUACAGUAAACAGCAAAAACAUUCACAUGAAGUGCUUCACAAUUACUCUAAGCAACAACAUGAUCUUUGGAGAAGUAUUUUACAGGCACGUUCCCUGGGUGCAACAAAGUUGGAACAGUUCAUAACAAACUUUUAGAUCAGUCAUGUAUGUGAAAACAUCUGUAUUUUAUAUGGCCUUAAGAACGUCCUGAUUUUUUUUAAUGUUUAAAACAUAUCUCAGCCAGCACCCUCACUCGAAGCAUUGUGGCUUAAAAAAACAAGCACCAUCUCGUCCUGAGCUGUGAGCUCGUUAAAAUCGACUGUGACUCAGUCUGCACUUUAUUGUGUUGGUUAUUGUGACACAUAAUCAGAGUGAGGAAGUUAAGUGUCAUUUUUACAAUGUCAUCAUUAACCUGCAUUGCAAAUGCUUGAAUCUUUUACAUUAUGUCUGCGCGACCUCCUGACACAAACAUGUUGAGUAGAAAUUGAUGAGAAUUGAAAUUCUUUUUUAAUUCAAGUGGGAAAUGUGAACUUCGAAAAUAUAUUUGCUACACCAACUUUUUGUCCAGUGUAAGGGGUCGCUGAAGUCUUUGUAGCAUCAAUGAUUGGUUAUCACACAAAAUAAAGUACAUGAAUACUGCAGUUGGGAAAAACGUCUUUGUUGAAUCUCAAGUUUCUUAUCUGAAAUGUCUGUUAGGAAGAAAAUCGGAGGAUAUAAAGCUCCAUGUUUUCUUCUCAGGAUCCUUUUCAUUGUGCUAACCUAUGCUUCCUCACAUCCUCGAAGGCUACUAAAUGAAGGCUGGGACACAAUGUCAUAUCGCGUCAUUGGGGUACACCAUGCGCAGUAAAGUCUUGUCUGCACCUGCCAAUAGGCUCAAUAGUUGGUGCUGUAUCAUAGAUUGUCGGAAUGAUUCACUGAGGCGUCCGUGGUCGGCCUUGUUGGAAUGUGUUUUGUUUGAAAAAUAAACACAUGGGUGACAACUGAAACAAAAGCUUGCUAUGUGAAAACAUUAUUGUAUAUUGGCCACCAUCCAUUCUACCACACCCAAAGAACACCUGAGCGGACACCAUCCCUUUAUUCCUAGCGCUAUCUGCUGUGACCCUCUAACAUCGCAGCUUCAGUUACAUUGCACAUGUGCCAUACCCCAAAGCUCCCAUGGGGUCAUAGACAGUGUCCCAGCUUUCUUCUAAUAGCCUUGGCAUCCUGUCUCCUUCCAUGACCCAGAGAUUGUUCUCUCUUCACCGUUAUGGAGGAUCGUCCAAACCUUUAAACGCACAUCAAGAAGACAAGGAGAGAGGAGGCUUCAGGAGGAGCUCAGAGCUAGGAAACACGUGUAUCUUACGUGGACGUCGUUCAUCAAGUGGCGUGACUUAUAAAUGCUGUACUUUAACAUGUGGCACAGUAAGUGACGUCACUAUGAAACCUAGGAUCUUCAUGAGGAAGCAUUGGCUACUCCAUCCUCGCAUCUCUUCCUCACUGGAAGGAGUGAAGAUGCAAGGAAGAGACGCGAGUGAGGGAAGAGAGGAGAUACGUUAGCAUAAUGAAAAGCAGCCUCGGUAUUUGUUGUGACUUUGGCAUACAGGGAGCUUGUAUGAAGUCUUUGAAGACUCAAUCGUUGUCUUCCUGAGCUUCAAAGACGCUCCUUUCAUGCAACUUAAGCACUUUUUUGACAAUGUAAGCAAUUUCCACACCAGCUCUGUUGUGUAAAUACAGUACAUGUGGGUGCACAAAAAAGGAACAGUAAACAGUGUAUUCAAGAUUAUUUUAAUAUUAUUAAUAUGUAUACUUUAGGCUUUAGAAAUAUAACUAUCAAUGACAAAACUUCCACUGGAGUAAUGGUAGUUUGCUUAGGCCCCAUCAAAUCAAUUAAUUACAAUAUACACAUUAUGAUACAGAGCAGAUUUGAAUCUGAAAUAAUAUUAAAAUAAAUGCUCAAUAGAUAAAGGUUUUAAUAGUUUUUAUCAUUUUUUCUUCACCUACUGUUAUUAGCCAUCUGUGAGUUCUGAGCACACCCAAAAAAUGUAAAGCCAUUUUCUUCUAAUAAACUAAUUUAAGUGCAAACAAUUUUUUUUUCUUUAAAAAGACUAUGAUUGCAGCAUCCAGCUUAAUAGUUUCAGAUUUCAAGACUGAGGAUGUUAAAGCCGAGUGCAACAAGGCAGUCCUCAACCCUCUUCUUUUUUUUUUUUUUUUGUUC